AGACAUGUCACCCCUCCACGUUGAUCACCACAACCAACACACGACGUGCGCGUACACGUGCUAUGCGCGCCGCCGUUCCUGCGGAAUUCAGGAGGCUGUGGUCGGACUCCGAAAAGCUCCCACCUAGAAAAUAAUGAACAACAAAUUUGACGCUCUGAAAGAUGAUGACAGUGGAGACCACGACCAGGACCAAGGCUCACCGAAAGACGGUGAGAAGGAAAAAAUUGAAGAUGAGGAUAAGGAACAGAACACCUCCAAGAAAAAGAUGGUGGUGCCAGGGGCAGGAGAGCACCCUCUUCAAUACAACUACACCUUCUGGUACUCCAGACGCACCCCAGGGCGACCCGCCAGCACUCAGAGCUACGAACAGAACAUCAAACAGAUUGGCAGCUUUGCUUCAGUGGAGCAGUUCUGGCGUUUCUAUAGUCACAUGAUCCGGCCAGGCGACCUGACAGGCCAUAGUGACUUCCACCUCUUCAAGGAGGGUAUUAAACCAAUGUGGGAGGAUGAUGCCAAUAAGAUGGGUGGGAAGUGGAUCAUCCGCCUGAGGAAAGGCCUGGCGUCUCGGUGCUGGGAGAACCUGAUCCUGGCCAUGCUCGGGGAGCAGUUCAUGGUAGGAGAGGAGAUCUGUGGGGCUGUGGUGUCAGUACGCUUUCAGGAGGACAUCAUCUCAAUCUGGAACAAAACCGCUAGUGACCAGGCGACCACUGCCCGCAUCAGAGACACCCUGCGCCGAGUCCUCAACCUGCCUCCCAACACCAUCAUGGAGUACAAGACUCACACAGACAGCAUUAAGUAUAGCAUGGGAAGACUUCCAUGGUCUGGUGAAUGCUAGUGGCGGACGUUAACCCCUCACACAGAUAACCUCUAAGAGAGUGUGUGUACGUGACGUGUUGGGGGAUGACGAGUCCAGGAAAGGAUAACUCUACGUGGAUUGGCACUGUGUAACGUGAAGACAGGAACAGAGGCGAGAAGACUAUUCCUUCUUUGUGUCAAAUUGGAAAUCCUGUCAACAGAACACUGAACCAAGCAGAAGAGAGAAAUAUGCGUUAUUUUUAAUCAACCAGAGAAGAACUAAGCCUCCAAUUUUUAAUUUUAUUUUUUUUAAUGCAAGUUGUAACAUCUGUUAACUUGCCACCAGAGGGAGGCCAUGUGACUGGUGUUUGCUGAUCUGGUCGUUAGCUGUUAACAAAGUGUACUUGACAAAAUACAACAAAACCAAUCUGUAACAAUACUAGAUCAGAUUUUAUUACUUAACAUAACAUCAUAUUUCCUGCUGUCAAAAUAAGUUUGUGUUAAUCUGUUUUAUUGGGACUCAAACAGGGUUGCAGGUAGAUGUUAUUUUAUGAUAGUGCUGUAUUUUAACUACAGUUCCUCUGGUCAUUUCGAACUAGAUUGAUUACUAUUAUUGUGUACGAUAUCUUUGUAAAUAAGUCCACUUCAAAGACCACUUAACUGAAUCAGCAACGAUUCUCCAUCUUUGACCUGGAAGUUAAAUCCCAAAGGAGGAGGACCAUCCUGUACUGGGCAGAAGGUUGUAUAACCGGCAUCUUAAGAAUGGACUGCCAAGCUGCCUAAAUCACUGUGCCUGGCCUUCAGCCCGACCCGAACCAGUUUUCCCUUCUGUCUGUUUUGUCUUUCCCCGCCUUUAAAGAAUCCAAGGGAUGGGCUCUGCUUUAAUGUCCUCAACAAAGGUGUAUAGGACUGCUGAAACACUGACCUACACUCCUUUUCCAUUUUGUAGUAAAAGAAAUGAAUCAGGCUCAGGGUCUGUUACAGUUUUUAUCAAUUCCUCUGGAGCAUUUUUUGGAACCAUGUCAAGAAAGCGCCUAUAGUUGAAAAACUGUAAUGCUGCCCAUGUUUGGUGGUGUGAUGAUGGGUGCAGGUGUGUGUCAAAAGUGAAGAAACACUGUUGGAUGUUCACCUGAUGGAUUAUAGCAAUAAAUGUCAAAUAUGCAUCUGCUGCUAAA